AUGUUCCAAUCCUUGACGAUGCUUCAUAUUUUCAACAUCUUUCAGGUGACGAUAAGUUACAUAGAAACUGCUGGAAGCACUACAACUCGUCAAAAGGCUCUCAAAGAACAGUACUUUUUCUCAUGCAAUUGUCCCCACUGCAUAAAAGCCCAGUUUGAUGAUAUUCAAGAAAGUGCAAUUCUAGAAGGUUACAUAUGCAAGGAUAAUGCAUGUAAUGGUUUCUUGCUUCGUGAUUCUGACAACAAAGGAUUCAUAUGCCAGCAGUGUGGACUCUUUAGGGACAAGGAAGAAAUUAAGAAUAUUGCUAGUGAAGUGAAAGUAGUGUCAGAGAAAGCCUCCUUGACACUUUCUGCUGGUCGUAUCCUCUGAAGUUUGGACUGAACUAGUAAUCUCCAAUGGAAGUUUGUUUUUGCGGAAACCCUUCCCUUUCCUUCUUAUACCGUUGAUCAAAGUAGGUUGUGUUCUUAUCAAUGUUUGUGCUAACCUGGGAAAAACAUGAACAAUUUAAAAAGGCCAACAUGAUGUUGUAACUGGAGGAAGUAUACUGGAAACUUCCUUGAGAAAAUGUUGUGUUUGAUCACCGAUCCAAAAUAAAAAGUCUUCUUUGACAGUCAAGAGUUCAGAUAAAACUGAAGCUAGU